AUGGAUGUUGGUCAUGUCAUUCCUAGUAGGCCUUGGCUGUUCGAUUUGGAUGUGACCAUCCAUGGUCGAUCUAUUUCAUGUUCCUUUGUGUUUAAUGGAGAGAAGAUUCAUCUUAAUCCUUUACCCCCAAAACCUGUUGGCUCACAGCAAGCAAAGAAAAUUGUGGAACAGAAAGGGUUAAAUAUCGUCAACCCUACGGAGUUUGAGCGUACACUCGUGGGUGAUUCUGUUGUGUUUACAGUGGUUGUUAUGGAGGUUCCAAUGGAGUCUCCAAUAGUGGCCCCUGCUGAGGUCCAGUCGUUUCUUCAGAAGAUGAAUCCCACUGAACAUGCUAAGCUUCAAAGGCAAGUGGAUAAAGUCCUUUACAAAGGAUUUAUCCGUGACAGUUUAAGUCCUUGUGCAGUUCCUGCCCUUUUGACUCCUAAGAAAUAUGGCUCUUGGAGGAUGUACAUUGAAGCAUAA